CAUACGACGUAAUGCGACGUUGUCACCAAGUUAAACCACGCUGCAUGAUUUGAACGCCGUUUACAACGAUUUUAAAUAUGAAGAAAAAAGAAAUGUAAAUAACGUUCGGUAACAUGAGUCGUAGAGCCGAGAGAAACAAGCCCACCGUCGGCGCCGGCGAGGCGAAGUCCCGCGGCUAUCGCGGUGAUUACAUUAGAAGACGACUCUUGUUAAAAUCCUUCAAGGGGGAUGAAAAGGGGUAUAAGACUCUUUUGAAGCUACCGGAAACCGUUCUUUCUGGAAUGGAGGUUUUAUGGCGACAAAAGAUCCUAUGUGACAUAGAAUUAAUCACCGCCGACCGCAAACGCAUUUGUGCCCAUCGUUUGGUGCUCGUUACAUGUUCGGACUAUUUUUAUGAGGAAUUCAUUGAAGCGCCGAGUGGCGCUUUGCAAAUUGAGGUUCCGGAUAUCCGUGGCGCCACACUGGAGGUCAUGAUAGACGCGAUGUACACCGGAAAGGUGAAAGUCGAAUCCGACAACGUUGAUGAUCUGAUGCUAUCGGCGAGCAGCAUGGGAAUGUUCAUGCUAUUGGACGCCUGCGAAGACUUUCUCCUCGAGCAUCUCGGGAAAGAUAAUUGUCUUCAGUUACUGGGUACCGCGUUUAAACAUGGUCUGUCAAGACUGACUGAAGCUGCGCUAGAAAUAGCGGCCCACAAUUUCAACAGCAUAUCUAAAAAACUACUGUUCCGAAAUUUACCAAUCGAGCACGUGGCUCCGUUGCUAAAGCGAAAUGACCUUAAGGUGGAGAACGAGUUAGAGGCAUUCUACCGCGCGCGAGCCUGGAUUGACGAGGACAAACCGUGUCGUCUGCAGCACGCGGCAGAAGUCUUAUCCAACAUACGACUGCCGUUGCUGACCCCAGCGGAAGUGAUAGAUAACAUUGAGUCGUGCGCAUAUCUCAUGGAAAUUGUUGAAUGUCAGCGACUUGUAAAGGAAGCGCUUCACUACCACCUGAUGCCUUCAAGACAAUGUCUUCUUCAGACUCCGCGAACCGUUCCUCGACUACACGCCACCGAGUGUUUGGUGGUCACCGGCGGAGCGCCACGUCUCGAGACCGAUCACGUGCGGGAUCACGUGCUCAGUUUUGAUCAUGUGACCGGAAAAUGGAACCAGCUGACCAAGAUUCCAGCACCGAGACACCAUCACGCCGCCAUCGUACUGAAUGGGUUCAUGUACAUUGUUGGUGGUGACGAAACCAAUGACGUCAUAGCUCCGACGAGAACCAUGUUCCGGUUCGAUCCUCGAAAUGGAAGCUGGAUAGAAGUGGCGCACAUGCUGUAUUCCAGACAAAGCUUCAACGUUGCUGUGCUGAACAACACCAUUUAUGCAAUAGGCGGCCGCGUUAGCCAUGACGAAUGUUUGUCCAGCGUGGAGCGCUAUGACCCAAGUUCAGACACGUGGCAGGAAGUGAAGGAACUCAACGGUCCCCGCCGCUGUGCCGCCGUCGCAUGUCUCAACGGCAAACUGUACGCCGUCGGUGGCUCUGGUAGCAAAGCUCUGUCGAGUCGCGUAGAGAGGUACAGCCCCGCUGAGAACAAAUGGGAGAUAUUAAAGCCGCUCAGCAUUCCGCGCUUCUACGCGCACCUGUGCCCAAUUUCCGGGCACUUGUAUUUGGUCGGGGGCGCAACUAUCGACGCCGCCGAGAAGAUCGUCUGCACGGACACUAUUGAAAGAUAUUCCCCAAUGAUGAAUCAGUGGACGUUUGUAUGUCGCAUGACUCAGCCUCGCUCUGAGUUCGGAAGUGCUGUGAUCGGUGACAAAAUCUACGUCAUUGGCGGGUAUGAUUGGACGGUAUGCAAGCGACUUGUUGACGUAGAAUGCUUUGAUACCGGAACCGGAAAUUGGAGUCAUGUAUCCGAAAUGAGCGAAAAUUUGGUAGGUUCGGCUGCAUGUGCGCUUGUUUUGUAUCAGCCGAAAUAACACAAAUUUAAAAAUCGCUUGGUAUCUCAUGAAUAACUUGUCACUCUGUGCAUAAGAAAUGAACUUUGCAAUUCGAAAUAUACAUACAAUGAACCUA